GGGUGGGGAACGCGAAUCCGUGCGCAGGGUUGCUAAGGGUGAAACUUUUCAUUGACUUUGCUCACUUCGGACCCGGACGCGGGAAGGUGCGGGUGGUUGAAGACUACGAGUGAGUGGCGUGCGAGUGGCGGGGCCAGGAGCGCAGGACCCGCCCGCCGGCCGCACCUCGGACCGGCCUCCGCCUCGCUACGGGCGCCAGCCUCGGGACCGCCAAAUCAAGCUGAAUUAGAAGAACUCCCCGUGCGGCCCGCAACCCUAGACGGCGUCCAAGGACACCACGGCCACCGGGCCAGGCUGGAGAGAGCGCCCUGGACCGCCCCGGACCGCCCUGGACGCGGAAGCCACCUCGCCGCGGACACCCGAGACCCUCUGGAGCCCAGGGCUGCCAUCUUUCUCCUGCCACUGUCCUUGGCUUGUGCACACGCCCUGUGCUGAUUCUCUGCCUCAGAAAAGAUCAUGCAGCUGGAGCUCAAGGUGGCUCUGAACUUCAUCAUCUCCUAUUUAUACAACAAGCUGCCCCGACGCCGGGCUGACCUGUUUGGGGAGGAGCUAGAGCGGCUUUUGAAAACAAAAUACGAAGGCCACUGGUACCCUGACAAGCCACUGAAGGGUUCUGGCUUCCGAUGUGUCCACAUUGGGGAGAUGGUAGAUCCCGUGGUAGAGCUGGCUGCCAAGCGGAGUGGCCUGGCUGUGGAGGAUGUAAGGGCCAAUGUGCCUGAGGAGCUAAGUGUCUGGAUUGACCCUUUCGAGGUGUCCUAUCAGAUUGGUGAGAAGGGAACUGUGAAAGUACUGUACCUGGAUGACAGUGAAGGAGGUGGUGCCCUGGAUCUGGACAAGGAGAUCAAGAGCAGCUUCAAUCCGGAUGCCCAGGUGUUUGUACCCAUCGGCAGCCAGGACAGCUCCCUGUCCAACUCCCCGUCACCAUCCUUCGGCCAGUCACCCAGCCCUACUUUCAUCCCACGUUCCGCCCAGCCCAUCACCUUCACUACUGCCUCCUUUGCUGCCACCAAAUUCGGCUCCACCAAGAUGAAGAAGGGUGGUGGGGCAUCGGGUGGUGUGGGUGUGGCUGGCAGUGGGGCAAGUGGCCAGCAGCCACCACAGCAGCAGCCUCGCAUGGCCCGCUCGCCCACAAACAACCUGCUGAAGCACAGGAGCCUCUCUUUGUCUAUGCAUUCUCUGAACUUCGUCACAGCCAGCCCAGCUCCUCAGUCCCAGCUCUCCCCCAAUGCCAAGGAAUUCGUGUACAACGGUGGUGGCUCACCCAGCCUCUUCUGUGAUGGAGCCGAUGGGCAGGGCAGCAGCACUUCAGCCCCUUUCGGGAGCAGUGGAGCUGGCACCUGCACCAGCAACAGCUUCGACAUGUCCCAGGUGUUUGGAGGUGGCACCAACAGCCUCUUCCUAGAGAAGUCGCCCUUCGUGGAAGGCCUGAGCUACAGCCUAAACGCCAUGCAGUAUCCCAGCCAGCCCUUCCAGCCUGUCGUGUUGGCCAAUUGAUCAUCGACCUGCCUGCUGGGCCAGGAGCACCCAAGGCCACAGAAAAGAGAAAGGAAAGAGAGGCCAAAAACGGGAGGAAAAGAACUCUGCAGAUAAAGAUUUGCAGUCUGCUCGUUCUCACAUCUAGAAAAAAGAUCCAGCCCAGGCAUGGAACGGGCGGCGGGGCUCCCAAAGCACCAGUCGUGUUUAACUCAGCCCCUGACUGUUUUCCUACCUGCCUCUGAUUUAAUUUUGGUUGGUUUGGGUUUUGUAAUUUUUUUUUUUACAUGUAGUUUUCUAUGUAACAUCUUUAAUUAGUGGCUUCCUGCGCUAAGAAUGGUCCAGAUGUGAAUUGCUGCUCCUUUCUCUCCCCUUCACACUCCUUUAGGAUUAGUGUGUUCAAGUUCACAAGAAAGGGAGAGCAACAGCUGGAGCAGGGAGAGGCUGGCCCUCGUGUCCACUGCCUCUGUCCCCCAGCUAUCCUCUCAUUCAAAGCCAUCUAACCUCAGCCAGCCACCUCAGGCCCUGCCACCCAAAUAGGUCUGGCCCUAGCCUCAACUCCCUCUCAGGCUGGGUUACAGGGAACAGCUGGCUGGCCACUUGAGAGCCUUCCACUAAAGCUAAUGUCUGACUCUAAGGAGGUUAGCACUUUUUCCAGUUUAAAUAUUUUCAUCUCUAUCCUGUGGCUCCAUCCUACCACCCCUCCUGGCCUAGACAAUUCUCAUAGCCCUUGGAGACUCACCUGAUGAUACAUGUGUGGCCUCUCUUUCUCCAAUGCCACCUUUCUCUGGGCCUGGGGAUAUGGGUAGAAUGCAGAGGUCGGGGGAGGGUGUAUGUAUGUAUGUGUGCAUGUAUGUAUAGAUGUGUGCACAGGCUUGCUCAUGCCUGUGUGAGUGAACAUGGCUUGAUAUCCUGUUCUAAAAGAUUCCAAGCCAUGUGGAACUUCCCCUCUGGAUGUGAUCCUAGGUUGCAACAAGUGCUUAUUUAUGUACAAGGUUAGGGGAUGGGCCCAGGGUGGGUUUUUAGUCCUUUGUGAGGGCAGUAUAUGUGGUGGGGUGACACUGUGGCUGAGCCCAAGACACUCCUGGGGUGGGGGGGAAGCACUGCAGAAGGAACUGGUUUCCAGCUGCAGAGGGAUCUGCACUUUUGUUUUUGACCAAAAAGAGAAAAAAAAAUUAGCGCCGAAGGGCAGGAUGAACACCCCAACCUGGUGCCUAAGAGGAGUCUCUAGACUUCAACCACUGACCUGUGACCUUAGCCAGGGUGGAGCCACUUAACCUUAGCACCCUUGCCAGUGGGAGACAGAGACAGAGUUUAGAGUCAGCCCCUGUGGUGGGCAGUCCUGAGCCUUGAAUUGAGAUGUCUUGCUUUUUGGUUACAGGUGUUAACUUAGUACAUUUAUAUAUACCCCUCUCUCAGAGCUGGGUACUUGCCUCUUGCCAUACCCUGUUGCUUUCCCUCACCUAGCACUACUGGAGCUUGCUGCUGUGAGGUGUGACCCCCUGGGCUGACAGAGGCACUUUGCAUCUAGGGCCCCAUCACCAGAAAGCACCAAAGCCCCUGGCACCCACCCCACUCCAUCCUCCCCAGGGACCCCAAGCGGAAACCGCUGUGGCAGUGAGUCCACCCCAGACACUGCCAACCUCCUCCUUGCAGUGGGCCCUAGCUCUACCUCCCCAGCAGGGCAAGGCCCUGAGUUCUUAACCCGGCACCAUCUGUCCCCUAAUCUCUAGCCAACCUAAUCUGGGCUUCUUGCUCCCUCAGCCUUCAGGCCUACACAGGUGACAUUCCCAGUAAAUAACCUCUCUGGGACAGGGUGGGUGUUGCCUUAUCCCCAUUUCCACCCCCUCCUUACACAUGAACACAGGUACCACCCCCACCCACCCCAGUUUGUUUUCUCACACUUGGGGAGAUCAGAGCCCAGCCCCUUGUGUCUUUUGAAAUAGGAAAAAAAAAAAUGUUCAGGAACAUGACUUGGGCUGGGCUCUCAGGGCCCAGUUCAGUGUCUCAUCGCAAAUCUAGGCAUUUUUGCUUCAAUUUUAUUUUUUUUUAAGAAAACAGAACUCUGCACUAAUUACCUGGUUUCGUAGGAAAACUUUUCUUUUUAUUUUUUACAUUUUUUGGUGUCCGUUUGUAUUAAAUAAUUUGCUACAUUUGUAAAAUGUAAGAGGUAUAUAUAAUAUAUGUAUAUUUCUAACAUAAGAAACGGAAUUUUUUUCUUUUCAAGAUUUUUUCUUAAAAGAGGAGAUAAACCAAUAUUUUUUCAGGAAAAACAAACUUUAAAAUAAAAAAUAGGAACAUGAGACCUUGUUCCCCCCUCCCUAUUCUCUCUCUCAUCCCUCUGACCCAGGAACAAAUCAGAAGGUGAAUGGAUGAUUUUGUCAAGAACGAAAGUUUUCCAGAAUGGUUUUUCUCUCAAUGCAGUGAGCUGUAGUUUCUCUAGUUUUCUCCCUAAGGAUGGGAAGGGGGGGUGUGUUGGGGCAGCCGUAGAGAGGAGCUAGGGGACAGGGUAAUGAAUUUUUUUUUCUUUAGUGAAGGAGGAAUACAAUCAAGACAUUUUGUAUUCAGAAUGUUGUGCAAUAUUUUGGAAUGGGACAUUGGUGUGCUUAGAGAUUUAGUUUAAACAAAAAAAGAUUGAUCAAAUCUGUACAGUUUAUAUUGUUCCAGAUUUUUUUAAGUUUGUAUUAAAAGCAUGGUAUAAAAUAGC